AUGAUUCCAGCUAUUCAAAAGGAAAAGAUCCAGGCUUCAGCCUACCUCGAAGAUCCCACACAUCCUAAACAGGUGAAGGACCUCCUCGAUGGCAGCUCUUCAGAUUCGAUUGAAACAGUUGCGACAAAAAAGCGCAAGAGGGGAGAUCGAUCUGGGGCCAAGCACCUGAGGAUGAGUUCCUCAAAGGAGACCCUGACCCUGGGAUCGAUUCACUCCAGGACCCCCAAGACUUCUAAGUCUUCGCGCAAGAGCUCGCACAAGAGAGAUGGCGGUGUGACCAAGUCUGAACCGUCGGACCAGCAGAUCUCCAACGAAGCUCCUUCUGCAAAGCCCAAGAACCGGUUUGAACUCCCAGGCUUCCCACCUUCAGAGUUCAUCGUCCCCCGCGAUUUGGAGUUGGGUUUGGGCAUAUUCGACUGCCCCCCCGAGAGAGAGACUUCAUACGAGCCAGUCUCCGAAUACCUUCCCGAGCAGCAUGACGAAGUCCCCACUCCGUACACCCCGGUUUUGCGCGGUGUGUCGCAGUACAACGAGCGGAUCCGGAGCCAGUGCGGGGGCACGUGUGAGAACUGGUUGGCGCGCCAGAUGUAUGAUGAACUAGAUGAUAUCUCUACUCGCAUUGAAGACAUUAUGCGCGGGAUUAGGGUGAUGCUGGAGCAGAAGGGCGCGAUGGAUGAUUGUGAGGACUUUGAUGGUUUCGAUCAUCAUUUUGGUGAUUACCAUUUUGAGGAGUCCCCUGGUGUUUUCGAGGGUGGUCCUGAAAACCCAUUGGAAUUGAGUGAUGGGGAAAACAAUGCACUUUUUGUGGCUGAUGAGCGCGCUCGCCCUAGCGAGUCUGGUGUCGUGUCUGGGGAUGAAUAG